CACACGCGCGCGCACCCCCUCCGCCGUCACGAACUUGUUUGUUAAAGAGCCCCCGACACUCGCGAGCGGGACAAGAGGCGGCCAAGCCUUGGACGGCCGUGAGCAAGACGUGGAGGAUGAGAGCCGAAGAGUAGAGCCUGGAACACCAGGUCCCUUGUGAUAGAUCGGGGAAACUCUUCAUCUUAUUGGGUCCUGAAUGGCAUUGAAAGUGCUGAACGCGUGGACCUGUCGGAGGAAGGCCGUGCAAUCUCUGUGGGGAUAUCUCCCAAUCCAUAUCCCGUCCAUCACUCAGCUCCUGCAGCCGUAGAUCUCCGUUCCUGCAGGAUCUGUCCUCAAGGCCACUGCUGUCAUCGUAAAAAAAAAAAAUCGGAUCUCGGAUCUCAUGGUUCCGUGUUCUGCAGAAUCGCUCCUGGAAGUCGCAGAACUGUACAGACUGUCCUGUGGAGGUUCCAGCUCUCUGCCGAGUCAAUCUCAAGGUUCCAAGGGCAAGAGGGUCAGAUUCGCGCUUCCAUCUCUCGCCGUAUCGCGUGUCAACGUUCCAGCUCCGGGCAGUGUUGGAGUACGAAACAUCAUCAUCAUCAUCACCGUCGCAAAUGAAUAACAAUCAUCAGAAUUUCCAAAAGAGUCGCAAUACAAUUCUGAGCAACAUUAAUAGUAACCCUAAUCCCAAUAUUCAUAAGUUGGAACAUUUAACAAAAUUAGUCACUAAAAAUGAUGAAAAUGUAAUUACAAAUUUAUAAUUGUAUUAGUAUUACAGAUUCACUAUCAAGAUAUUUAAUCUAUAUUCUCUACUUAUUAACGUAAUCAUCAUCAUCACCAUCAUCAACAUUGCUUAUAUUCGCAUAACUUUUUCAUUGACAUUAACAUAGCUGGAUCAUUGUGGUUAAAAUGUAGUCCUUACGGUAUUUUUUUACCACCAAAAUUACAAUCUUAUUAACGUUAUAAGUUCACAAUCAUAAUCACUUUAAUUUACAGUAGACACAAAUAAGUAUCACUAACGUCUUCGAAAUGUAGGCAUCAUCGUCACGUGAGGCUGGUUACCAUUCUAUAAAAGCUAGGCAAAUCAGCUGAUGACUAUUUACAUCUAAUGAUUAUCACUAUUAUUUUAUUAGCAGUGAACACAAUAGUCUUUAUCAUCAUUACCACCAUUAUCAUUCUCAUCACCACUGCUACAGUCAAAUAAUAGUUUUUGUAACCAUCACUAUCAUGAUCACCAAUACAAUGAUCAGUAAACUAAAAUAAUAUUUUUUUACCAUCAUUAGGCUCAUCAUCAGUAUCACCAUAAUAAUCAUUAGACUAAAAUAACACUCAAUAUAACCAUCACCACCAUCAUCAACAGCACCAUCGCUGUUAGCCCACAACCAUGGCAAGUACCGGUAGCUCAUUGCCAUCACCAGUUCCUCUCCAUGUCACGCGUCUCCCUCUGCACCCUGACCCAAACCACAACCACCACCACCAGCACCACCACCAGCAGCAGCAGCAUCAGCAGCUUAAGCUGUCACUGGAGGCUUCUGCCUUCUCCGGCGUCCACGGAUCAAGAUUCCCCUUUCAUCUCACCGCGUCCUUGCAAGCCCUGCAAGCCGCGAGCCUCCUUCCUCCGUGGACCAGUGCUCUUCCGUACAACCAUCUCACCACCACCAGCACCACCACGCGCCUGCACGGGCAGCAUCAUCAUCAGCAGCAUCAGCAGCCUGAGCAACAGCACAAGCAGCAGCACAACUUGCAGAUGUUCUUGUUGAGCGGGAUUACUGCCACGACCACGGCGGCCGCCACCUCAACCGCUCUGCCAAUGUUGAUGUUCCCACAUGAGCACGUGGCCUCAUCUCCAGAGGACAGCUCCAGCAACAGCAGUAACAACAGCAGCAGCAGCAGCAGAGAGAAUGGGCUGUCACUGCAGACGAAUAGGCUGACACUGCAGGCGCCAGCUGCCGUGUCUGCGAGUCCCGCUGCGGUAUUGUCGCAUGCGCUCAGCUGCACCCUGCUGCCUCGCACGACCUGCAAGGCCUGCUUGACGCAGCAGUCAGACCCUCGCCACCACCAUCACCACAAUCUGCAGCGACGUCAACAGCCGCAACCUCGCUUCGACUUUGCCAAUCUGGCAGCGGCUGCGACGCGGGCGGACCCAGCUCCUUCACCACCUCUCGCUCUUCCACCUCCUCCUCCUCCACAUCAUCAUCAUCAUCAUCAUCCACCUGCGGACGUACAGAAGCUGCAGCCCAGCAUAGCGACACCGCCGCUGGGCCCGCCGCUGAGGCCGGGCGGCUGCGGCGGCGAGCGGCGGUGGCUCGGCGGGGCGGCCGCGGGGCCCCUCCCCUCGGCGCCUCCUGCCGCGGGGGCCGCGGGGGGUGGCCGUGCGGCCCCGGUGCCGGGGGGCCCUGCGAGCGCGUUCGGGCUGCUCAGCGCCUCCGUGUGCUGUUCCGCGUCGGCGUCGGCGUCGUUGAUGAUGGCCCGGUCGGGGUCGGGGUUGGGGUCAACGGCCCACGCGGCGCGCGCCAAGAAGGAGUUCGUGUGCAAGUUCUGCGGCCGGAGGUUCACCAAGUCCUACAAUCUGCUCAUCCACGAGCGCACGCACACGGACGAGCGCCCCUACGUGUGCGAGGUCUGCCACAAGGCGUUCCGCCGGCAGGACCACCUGAGGGACCACAGGUACAUCCACUCCAAGGAGAAGCCCUUCAAGUGCCAGGAGUGCGGCAAGGGCUUCUGCCAGUCGCGCACGCUCGCCGUGCACCGGACUCUCCACCUGCAGCCCUGACAGCCCGGUGCCAGGCUAGGUGGCACGGUGGCACACGGGGCUGCGAGGCUGGAUGAGUCUGGGCAUCGUGGAGCCUCGUAGCUCCGAGCGGAGCAGAGCCACAAACUCCACCCCGGGUCUUUCAGUCUUAGUUAACGCGUGCGGUUGGACUCAUUGAUGACUGCAGUGCAGCGACAGUGAUGAUGAUGAAGAAGAAUCAGUGCUAUACACCACCAGACCAGCUCCUCUAGGAAGAAGAAUCAGUGUUAUACACCACCAGACCAGUUCCUCUAGGAAGAAGAAUCAGUGUUAUACACCACCAGACCAGCUCCUCUAGGAAGAAGAAUCAGUGUUAUACACCACCAGACCAGCUCUUCUAGGAAGAAGAAUCAGUGUUAUACACCACCAGACCAGCUCCUCUAGGAAGAAGAAUCAGUGUUAUACACCACCAGACCAGUUCCUCUAGGAAGAAGAAUCAGUGUUAUACACCACCAGUCCAGCUCCUCUAGGAAGAAGAAUCAGUGUUAUACACCACCAGACCAGUUCCUCUAGGAAGAAGAAUCAGUGUUAUACACCACCAGACCAGCUCCUCUAGGAAGAAGAAUCAGUGUUAUACACCACCAGACCAGCUCCUCUAGGAAGAAGAAUCAGUGUUAUACACCACCAGACCAGCUCCUCUAGGAAGAAGAAUCAGUGUUAUACAGCACCAGACCAGCUCCUCUAGGAAGAAGAAUCAGUGUUAUACACCACCAGACCAGCUCCUCUAGGAAGAAGAAUCAGUGUUAUACACCACAAGACCAGCUCCUCUAGGAAGAAGAAUCAGUAUUAUACACCACCAGACCAGCUCCUCUAGGAAGAAGAAUCAGUGUUAUACACCACCAGACCAGCUCCUCUAGGAAGAAGUAUCAGUGCUAUGCACCACCAGACCAGUUCUCAUUGGAAAGCUACGUGAGCUGUGUGAGCUUUUGCCCCUUUAAUCUAAAAAAAAAUCCAACACGUGUGUUGUAAAGAAGAAGAGAGUAUCUCACAAUGCCGGAGGAGGGGAGAACUACUUGUAAAUGCAUCGUCUUGAGUGGUGUGGUGGUGAUGUUGUUGUUAUUGUUGGUAUUAUGAUGUGACUGACAAAUGCCCGAGACUUUUAAUGUCCGGUGAAGACCUACAGAUGUCCCAGGAGAGCUGCUAAAAAAAAGUGGACGAACCUGGAAUUGAACGGGACACGUGGCAAGCCUCGGUGCACGUACCCAUCUGGUGGAGACAGUGCUGAUGAUGAACCACUCCCAGCACAUUCCAGUUGCUUAAAGGGUCUCCGUGUGAGUCCGUGGAUGUCCGUGAGACCUAUGAGUAUCUAUGUAAGUCUGUGGACCUCUGUGUGAGCCUAUAGGUCUCCGGUGCUGAUGAUGAAGCCACUCACAGCACAUUCCAGUUUCUAAGUGGGUCUCCAUGUGAAUCUAUGGGUCUCUGUGUGAAUCUAUGGGUCUCUAUGCGAGUAUAGGUUUCCACGUUAGUCUAUGGGUAUCUAUGUGAAUCUUAACGAUCUCCUGUGUAAGCCUGGAGGUCUGUACUGCUGCUGCUGAUGAAGCCACUGCCAGAGUAUUUUAACGUCUCAAUUAAUCCACCUGCACGCGUUGUCAUUGAGAGACUGGAAAACCCAGACUGGAGUUUUGUAGCCUCCUCAACCUGGGGCCACGACCUGGCACUGGUGUUUCAGUGCGUGUGUGUGAGUGGGAGGGCAGUGUGAAUUUGACUGUGUGUGCCAGGGUGUGUGUGGGUGUGCGGAGCUAUAGCGUAGCGGUAAGCGCCGCGCUACAAACCCAGCGACCCGAGUUCAAUUCCUGCUCCUGGCCAACACCAGUGACAAUCAUUUGAACCUGUCCCGGGCUUCCUCGAGGUUUACUCAGCCUCAAAUGAGUGCCUGGUGCCGUGUGUGCAAACAUCAUCAUUUGGAAGACGAAGGUGGCCAGGCGCA